AUGGCCCAAACCCUGAUCGAUACGUCUUUCGUCUUCAUCAAUCGCGAUGCUAUUACGUCCGACUGGAAGUUUACCAAGACUGGAAAGUUUCUAUUACAUAUUUCCGCUCUUCCUCUCGCAGAGCAUGCCAGAUUUAAAGUGUGGGUGAAAGCCUAUGGAGAAAUGCCGUUCCUCUACGGAAGUCAUAUUGUGAAAGCACAUGUGGGAAGAUGGUCGGAGGAUUGCCCGGAGCACCAAGGCAUGGUUGUCUACAGUAUGAAUGAUACACGAUUAGGCUUUGGAGUUACGGCGAGAAGCACACAAGAGGCGAGACGGUUAGAUCCUACAGGUAUUACAUGUUUCAGGCAGGAGGAUUGUGGAGUGUACUUGAGAGACGAAGAUACCCUGUUUGCCACAAGCUGAGAUGUUGUUCGCGAUGGUAUGAAUCAAAUCGAUGGCAUUGCUUGGAGUUAUGGCGCUGGAUAGCUUUUGGGCGUCUGCUGGGUUGGUCUCUGGAACUCUACGGUGUUCUGAUAUCAAAAUCGGGUUUCUGCAGAUUCUAGCUACCUAGGUAUACUGCUGCUUCCAAGGGAUACCUGGCAUGUCGGCACUUUCAAUCAUGAAAUCAAUUAUAUCCAG